AUGGACACUGCCGGGGGCUGGAAACAUAUAAGUGAUAAGGACACUGCCGGGGGCUGGAAACAUAUAAGUGAUAUGGACACUGCCGGGGGCUGGAAACAUAUAAGUGAUAUGGACACUGCCGGGGGCUGGAAACAUAUAAGUGAUAAGGACACUGCCGGGGGCUGGAAACAUAUAAGUGAUAUGGACACUGCCGGGGGCUGGAAACAUAUAAGUGAUAUGGACACUGCCGGGGGCUGGAAACAUAUAAGUGAUAUGGACACUGCCGGGGGCUGGAAACAUAUAAGUGAUAUGGACACUGCCGGGGGCUGGAAACAUAUAAGUGAUAUGGACACUGCCGGGGGCUGGAAACAUAUAAGUGAUAUGGACACUGCCGGGGGCUGGAAACAUAUAAGUGAUAUGGACACUGCCGGGGGCUGGAAACAUAUAAGUGAUAUGGACAUUUUACUACUCACAUAA